UCCCGAGCCCCAGGCCCGCCCUCCCGCUAGGGAAGGGCGCAGAGGGCGGACCGGCCGCCAGUGGGUUCCCGCGCGUUCCGAGGCUCCGCAGGCUCCCACCCACGACCUCGCAGCAUGUCGGUGAAGAAGAUUGCCAUCUUCGGCGCCACCGGCAGGACCGGGCUCACCACGCUGGCUCAGGCGGUGCAAGCAGGUUAUGAGGUGACAGUGCUGGUUCGGGACUCCUCCAGGCUGCCCUCGGAGGGGCCUCAGCCAGCCCACGUGGUGGUGGGCGACGUUCGGCAGGCGGCCGAUGUGGACAAGACUGUGGCAGGGCAGGACGCUGUCAUCGUGCUGUUGGGCACCGGCAAUGACCUCAGUCCCACCACAGUGAUGUCCGAGGGUGCCCAGAACAUUGUGGCGGCCAUGAAGGCCCAUGGUGUCAACAAGGUCGUGGCCUGCACCUCGGCCUUCCUGCUAUGGGACCCGACCAAGGUGCCCCCACGCCUGCAGGCCGUGACCGAUGACCACGUCCGGAUGCACAAAGUGCUGCAGGACUCGGGGCUGAAGUACGUGGCUGUGAUGCCGCCGCACAUCGGAGACCAGCCACUGACCGGGGCCUACACGGUGACCCUGGAUGGACGAGGGCCCUCGAGAGUCAUCUCCAAACAUGACCUCGGCCACUUCAUGCUGCGCUGCCUCACCACCGAUGAGUAUGAUGGACACAGAACCUACCCUUCCCACCAGUAUGACUAGGGCUCUGCCCUUGCCCAGGAGGACAGCAUCCUGGAGAACGUGGAGCAAAGGAAGGGAGCAAUAAAGCUUGAGCCAAGAGCUUCAGAUUAUGCCAGAAGUUCCCACUCUGGCUUUGGGUA